AUGGCCCAUCCCGAUGCUGAGAUCAACUUCGUCAAGGCUGCUGCCAAGGAGAACAUCCUUUAUAUGCCCGCACUGUUUGCGACGCGCACGAUCGAGGAGAUUGCGGCAGAGAAGGCGGAAGGACAGGUCACGUUCCAACAGCUAUACUUGUCUGCUGAGAACGAUACGGAGACGGAGGAGCUUAUCAGAAGGACCGAGGAGUCUGGUGCCAAGGCCAUUGUUUUCACAGUGGAUUCCGCUGCCGAUGGAAACCGGCAUCGUGCUGCCCGGUACGAUGUCGGCUCAGCUGAUUCUUCAUACUCAAGCUUCACAUGGGAGUAUUACGAUAAGCUUGUCAAGAUGACAAAGCUUCCCGUCAUUCUGAAGGGAAUCGGGUCCCUUGCGGAUGCAGAAUUAGCUGCCAAGCACAACGUGCCAGCAAUCAUCUUGUCGAACCAUGGCGGCCGCCAGCUGGAUGGAGCACCAACGUCGCUAGAGGUUGCUAUCGAAAUACACCAGAAGAACCGCGACCUUUUCACGAAGAUGGAAAUCUUCGCAGAUGGUGGCGUUCGAUACGGCUCAGAUGUGCUCAAGCUGCUCGCUCUUGGCGUCAAGGCGGUUGGCCUUGGCCGUCCUUUCAUGUACGCCAACAUCUACGGCCAAGAGGGUGGGGAGCGGCUCAUCCAGCAGCUGAAGAAGGAGAUUGCCUUGGAUGCCGGAAACCUUGGGUGCCCGGACCUUCGAAAGAUCAACGAGGAUUUUGUGGACUGGACGCCCAAGCAGUGCGUGAACUGA